AAAAAAUCAGAUGAUAUUUUUAAAUUUUUUAUUUAUUGAAUCUCAGAUGAAUCAAUAUGUUACAUGUUUUUAAAUGACGUGGGUAUACCUCAAAUGUUAAAAGUUCAAUUGAUAAUAUUUACAAACUCAGGGGAGUAUUGAUGUAAUUCUCCCAUAAAUUUAUUGGUUUUGCGCCUCGUACUCAUUGUUCUAACCUAGUCCGGCAAACAUAUAAUCCAGGCUUCUACAUAUAAAAGGUUUUAAAAACCCUAAUCGACAUUUCGCUUCUCCCUCACACUGUCUCAUCUCCGGAGUGGCUAAAGCUGCGGCGCUCGUAAACAGUAACAAUGGCUGUUCCUCUACUUACCAAGAAGAUUGUGAAGAAGCGUGUCAAGAAGUUCAAGAGGCCCCAAAGUGACAGGAAGAUUUCAGUGAAGGAAAGCUGGCGUAGGCCGAAGGGUAUUGACUCCCGUGUUAGGAGAAAGUUCAAAGGAUGCAUGCUGAUGCCCAAUAUUGGUUAUGGUUCAGACAAGAAAACCCGACACUAUCUGCCCAACGGAUUUAAGAAGUUCGUUGUGCACAAUGUCCAAGACCUGGAACUCCUUAUGAUGCACAACAGGUUCGUUUAGUUCUUUUGACUUUUUCAGUUUUGCAUUUUGUCGUCUGGUUAAUAGCAAAAUUGUAUUGUGUUGAUACAAUGUCCAUGUCCUUGUGAUCUUUUUUUUCUUGAUGUGAUGAGUUUUAUUUACUUGAUGCUACCGCUAUUAAAUUUCAGGACAUACUGUGCUGAAAUAGCACACAAUGUAUCAACUAAGAAGCGCAAGGACAUUGUUGAGCGUGCUGCACAAUUGGACGUUGUUGUAACCAACAAGUUGGCCAGGUUGCGUAGCCAGGAAGAUGAGUAAGGCACUUGAUAGGUCUAUGUUGAGGUGUGGUAGGAUAUUUGCUUUUGCUAUUCAGAAGCUUGAGUGGAAAACUUCUGUGGGAAUUUUGUUUGGUCUAUUUUUCUGCUUAGGUGAACACUAUUGUACGAAACCACUUAAAACUUUUCAUCAUCAUUGCGUAUCUUUCGAGAACCUUGCUUUCAAUAUUUAGCUUAUUUUUCUAUGCAUAAUUUUCUCUUCCCCUUGAUUUUUUUUCGACUUUCUCAUCCAUGCUACGACUGGGGUGAUGGGAAGUGGUGAAAGCUGCUUCUCGGAUUCUCUUGCUUGGCAAAGUUCUGGUGUAACUUAUUAGUUUGCCAAUAAAAUUAUUACAAGCGAAACAAUCAGUUUCAAUAAAAUAACAUCUGUUCCAUCAGUGUCACUUUCGAUUGCUUUUUGUGUUCCGAAAGGGAACUGGUGUUUUGUUAGUUUGAAUUUCACUGAACAUAUAACUUCCUGGUGCGUGAAGUCCUCCAUAUACUAGAAGGUUUAACUGGCGACUCAAAUUCACUGAGGUCCCUGUCUCCAAAGACUUCAACUGUCUGGUUUCGAUUUAUGCGGCUUUCUAAAUGUUAGGAGCUUUGAAUCCUGGUAUGGGUAUAGAAAUAUUGUAUCUGUGCUGUUCCUUAAGUACGCUAGUGCGGGUUUCAAAGCGAUACUACUAGAAAAAAUAAAAA